CCAUCAGCGGAUUGCACCGAUCUAUCUUUGCUCCGAAGCCUAUAGACGCCUUCGGUAUACCCAUCAUGGCGCCCAGUUUCGAUACCCUGUCCGAGCAGGAUCUCCACGAGGAAGAGGAGGAGGAGAUUGAUUUCUCCGAUCUCAAGGAGCAAUAUGAAGUGAAGGUCGAGGAGGGACUGGAUACAUUUAUCGUCAUCGAUGGCCUCCCCGUUGUGCCCGAAGAUAGCCGACAAAAACUCGUCAAGUUCUUAUUGAGAAAACUCAACUCCGUCGGCAGCACCUCCGAAGAUGCGGUUUUCAUGCCCGUUAACGACAAGAAGAUGACCGAAGGGUUCGCAUUUGUGGAAUAUGAAACCCCGGAAAUGGCAGUUGCCGCCGUCAAGCAGUUGCACGGCGUCCCCCUCGAUAAGAAGCACAUUAUGGCUGUCAACAAGUUGAUGGAUAUCGAGCGUUACGGUCGUGAAGGUCGCGUCGAUGAAGAAUACAAGGCACCCGUCCCGGAACCGUUCAAGGAGAAGGAGCACCUGCGCUCGUGGAUGGGAGAUGCCAGCGCCCGGGAUCAAUUCGCCCUUUACCGUAACGACAAGGUUGGCGUGUUCUGGAACAACAAGACGAACACACCCGAGGAAAUCGUGGAUCGCGCUCACUGGACACAACUUUUCGUCCAAUGGUCCCCCAAGGGGUGUCCAACUCUGGGGCGGCGAGUCGUUCUCCAAGCAAAAGCAGUUCCCUCACCCCUUUGUCCAGUUGAUCGAGUUCUCCCCCUUGAGGGCUACUUGACAACGUGGUCAGCACGGCCCAUCCAGGUCGAGGAAGGCCAACCCAUAUUGACCUACGAGGAGGACGGCAAGAACAUCAUUGUCUGGGAUAUUGAGACUGGCAAGCCUCUCCGUUCGUUUGUGUCGCACGAUUUGGCUGCCCCUGCCGAUAUCGAGGGUAGCGAUGUUGCACCUAAGAAGAAGGUGCAGUGGCCUGCCUUCAAGUGGUCCUCGGACGAGAAGUACGUUGCUCGCAUGCUCCAAGGCCAAUCUCUCUCUAUCUACGAACUUCCCAACAUGAACCUUCUUGGUCGCACAUCCGUGAAGAUUGAAGGUGCUAUGGACUUCGAGUGGUCCCCUGCCACCGUCGCCCGCGAGGGCAUCAAGCAGUACGAGCAAUUGCUCUGCUUCUGGACUCCUGAGAUCGGCAGCAACCCCGCCCGUGUCGGUAUGAUGAGCGUGCCCUCAAAGGAGGUUGUCCGAACCCGUAACCUGUUCAACGUUUCCGAUGUCAAGCUGCACUGGCAAUCACAGGGUGCCUACAUCUGCGUCAAGGUCGACCGUCACUCCAAGUCGAAGAAGUCUAUGGCCACUAACUUGGAGAUCUUCCGCGUUCGGGAGAAGGGUGUGCCCGUUGAGGUUGUUGACAGUCUCAAAGAUACCGUGAUUAACUUUGCCUGGGAGCCCAAUGGAUCCCGAUUCGUCGUUAUCGCUAACGGCGAGGCACCAACUGGUGCUGCCGUUCUCCCUAAGACUUCCGUCUCAUUCUUCGCGCCUGAGAAGAAGGGCUACACUGCCGGUAACUUCAAGCUGGUGCGCACUAUUGAGAAGAAGACCAGCAACGGCAUCUACUGGUCGCCCAAGGGCCGAUUCGUUAUUGUCGCCACGGUUCACUCCCAGACCAGCUUCGAUAUGGACUUCUGGGAUAUGGACUUCGAGGGCGAGAAGAUCGAGGCUGAGAAGGAUCUCGCAGCCAACCUCCAGCUGAUGAAGACCAUCGAGCACUACGGUGUCACCGAUGUUGACUGGGACUCCACCGGUCGUUACGUUGUCAGCAGCGCCAGUGUCUGGACUCACUCGAUGGAGAACGGCUGGAACAUGCACACCUUCUCCGGUACUACCCUCUCCGAGAACCCCACCGAAAAGUUCAAGCAGUUCCUUUGGCGCCCACGCCCUGCCACUCUUCUCAGCAAGGAGGAGCAGAAGCAAGUGCGCAAGAACCUCCGCGAGUACUCAAAGGAGUUCGACGAGGAAGACAAGUACGCUGUCGACAUCGCCAACACCGCCGUUGUCGAGACCCGCAAGCGUGUACUCAGCGAGUGGGUCGCCUGGCUCCGUCGGGAGAAGGAGCUCCUGGCCGAGGAGAAGGAGGCUUUCAGCCUCCCCGAGGACGCAGAUUUACCCACAGCCGCCAGCGACGCGCGCCCGGUUGUCGAAGACCAGGGCGACUCCGUGGUCGAGGAGAUUGUGGAGGAGAUUAUCGAGGAGACCGAGGAGGUCAUUGGCUGAUGAAUCUGUCUGUUCUAUUGUCGCAAAUAAUGUGUUUCCUUUUGUUCCUCUUUUCCCCCUGUUUCUCUGCUGGCGUUUCGCGCUUGUGCCUGAACCCAGCCUUCUGUCCCCUUGUGUUUCUUUUAGGUCCCCUGGGCAAGCCCAGUGAGGAUCGGGACAUUCCAAAAAUCAAUAGAUCGAGCGGUGCGCCUCCCGACCAAAUGUGCAAUGUGGAUAAGCAUGAGAGAUGGCUACGAAACCAGUUCCUUAGCAAAGUUCAACCUUGUAUUUCUUAUUUAAA